AUGAAGCUCUCAUAUUUAAUAACUCUUUCCUUAGGAAUGUUUUCUCUAACAUCUGCCAAAAAGAGAAGAUUAGAUUCAAGCCAAAUCUUAGUAAAUUCUGAUUCCAGAGUUGUUAUCUCACCAAAUAUUGAAGAAAAGAAACCCAUUUCUGAAAAACAAAAACUUCCCUUACUUGAAGUAUGCAAACAUUCAAAUUAUUUCAUCUCUGAUGCUGAAGAAUUAAGAGAAUUACAAAAUAACUGUUUAAGUGUUACCGGUUCCAUAGAAAUUCUUUCCAAUUAUACUGACACAAACGUUGAAUUUGGUAAUUUGAAAAAUAUUGAGGGAGAUCUAAAAAUUGCUAACAGUCCAUAUAUUAAUAAGAUUCAUGGCAACCAAUUACAAAAUGUUCAUGGUAAGUUUACUAUUUUGAAUCUAACUUCAGUUGCUUCAAUAAAAUUACCAUCCUUUAUCUACACUGAAUCUAUUGAUUGGGAAACUUUACCUGUUUUAACCGAGGCACAAAUACAUCAAGAUAUCUCAGAUGUGAAAAAUAUAAUUAUAUCAGACACGUCCCUUUCUCAAAUUGGAAGAUUAGGUGAAAUAAAAGAGUUAGAAAUUUUUAAUAUCAAUAAUAAUAGGUUUUUAGAGAAUAUUGAAAUGGAUUUAAUUAGAGUUACGAAAGAAUUAACUAUACAUGCCAAUGCAAAAGAACUAGAAUUGGAAAUGCCUAAUUUGGUUUCUGUUAAAAACCUGACUGUAAGAGAUACAUCAAAAGUCUCAUUUCCAAAACUUCAACAAGUGAACAGUUCCAUGGAAUUCAUUGAGAAUUUCUUUGAAGAAUUAGAAAUUCCAACUUUAUUAUCUAUUGAUGGAACAUUGGGUAUAAUCGAUAAUGUUAAUUUAAAGAAAAUAGAUUUGAAAAAUGUGACAAACGUUGAUGGUGGAAUCAUGGUCAGUAACAAUUCAAAGUUGAAUAAAAUUGAUUUUUUGCCUCAAUUAAGACAAGUUGGAGGUGCUGUUCAAUUAGAAGGAAAUUUUGAUGACACAGAUUUCCCGGAAUUAAAAUUAGUGAAAGGUAGUGCAUAUAUUAAAUCCACGUCGAAUAAUCUAGAUUGUACAAAAUGGACAAAAUUAGUAAAUGAUAGGUCAAUAAUAAGAGGUGGUAAAGUUAGCUGUACUUCUGAUAAAAAGGAAAACUCAUUAAAAGUGAAUGAGGAAGGUGAAGUAUUAGAUAAAAGUGAAAUGAUAGUGGAAAAUGAGAAUACUGAUAACUCCAAAGUCAUGGAUAGAAAGAAAUCUGAUAUAACUAAGGAUAAGGAAAGUAAGGCUGCGGCAGCUACACGGCUUCCUUGUUUUGGGCUUUUUAUUUCAAUGUGCUUACUUUCAGCAACAAUCAUUUAA